AUAAAGGAAUUUUUAUAAAAAUGGGUUGUCUGGAGUUUCUCAAAGACUUUUUCCUGGGCUUCUGGGAUUAUGAGACUCCAAAAGUAAUGGUGGUGAAGGACAGAAAACUAGGAGUUAUAUACAGAGCUGUGCAGUUCCUGGUCAUCACAUAUUUCAUUUGGUAUGUAUUCAUCAGUCAGAAAGCAUAUCAGGAGACAGAGACGCGUCCAGAGAGCACGGUCUACACUGAGAUGAGAGGUGUGGCCAUGCUGGAAGACAGCGUCCAGGACACGACAGAAUACGUCAGGCCAUCUGAGGGUGGAGAUGUCAUCAGUACAAUCCUUAGAAGAGAAGUGACAUACGAUCAGACGCAGGGCACGUGUGCUGAGCAUUUCAGUGUUGCCAAUGCAAACUGCACGCAAGAUUCUGACUGUGUUCGAGGAGAAAUGGAUUUUGACGGUCAUGGCCAGAGAACAGGACGGUGUAUCCCGUACUAUAAUUACACGUUCAAGACCUGUGAGAUCAAAUCCUGGUGUCCCAUUGAGGAGUACGCUGUUGUUAGGGAACCGGCUUUGGAACAGGCCAUUAAUUUCACAGUGUUCAUAAAGAACGCCAUCCACUUCCCGAAGUUUAAAGUUCUGAGGGGAAACAUCAAACCAAACAAGCAAAAGAAACUGUUACGGUGCCAUUAUCAUCCAGAAACCAAGCCGUAUUGUCCGGUGUUCAGCCUGGGCUUCAUCGCAGCACAGGCCAGGGAGAAAUUCAGCGAACUUUGCAGAACGGGUGGAAUAAUCGGCGUGUUCAUUAACUGGAAAUGUGAUUUUGACGUGGAUCCGUCAGAGUGCAUUCCGACAUAUUCCUUCAGAAGGCUAGACAUGAGAAAGAACCUGCCCAGCUCAGGAUAUUACUACAGGUUUGCAAAAUAUUACCAUAAGGAUGGCGUAGAGUACAGGACGCUCAUAAAAGCCUAUGGGAUUCGUCUGGAUGUCAUUGUUCAUGGACAUGCGGGAAGAUUCAGUCUGAUCCCAACCAUCAUCAACACCGUCACGGCCAUGACGUCAGUAGGAAUUUGCUCUAUCAUCUGUGACUGGAUCAUGCUGACGUUUAUCGAUAAGAACGAAGUCUUCAGCGAAAAGAAGUUUGACGAUGUUUCCAAAAAACCCAGUCAGCCAAUCACGACAGACCUCACGCUUACAAGCUAUGGCUCCACCCACUCCGACCUUUCAGACGGCGUGCCUUUAUAAAACAACCUGCCAUCACAGAAAACACUCCAGUGACGGCAUGCUGCCAAAUAUACAGCACCGUAGGAUAUUUUUUACAGAAAGAACAGGACAUUUUCCUGUUGUAGAAGCACCAAGUGUAGAAAACAGCACAAAAUGUCAUAUCUGAAUUUAGAAAAGCUUCAAAAACAUGCAAAUCCAAGUAUCUGUUACGCUUUGCUUCAAUAAAUAUUAAACAACGAUCAACGACUGGUAUGCUUAGUGUUUGAUAUUUUGAACUAAUGCCACAAAAUAAGCAUGCAUUUUGAUUUCCUACUAACUUUAAAGUGCGAAAUGUAUCCGGUUUAAAAAAGUACUGAAAGAUCAAUUCUUUCCAAAUGAUUAUCUUUUCUGGGAACCUUCUUCCAUCAAAAGUCAUCUUGUAUAGGGAAAGAUGAGCCGGUUUCUCCAAAGAGCAGCACUCGCUCCGCUAACCUGAUAACAAGUCCUCCUCUGAUAUUGGUUACAGUAAUGAAAUUUAGGGGAAGUGGAACUGCGUCUGCCCAGCUCUACUCUAAAUGUGAUUAAUAGAAACGUAUCGAUUUAUGCAGCUCACACUUUUGAGGUCUAUGGAUCAGUCUUUUAAGUAAUGAUCAAGGGCACAUAUAAAACCUCAUCUCCCCAGACAGGAAAGGAGGCUGAAACCAGAUGCUGAAGAAAAUGGACAGACAAUGAACUUAGCAGUAGGACUACGUAGCUGUUUGUCUGCAGCACAGCAUCCAGUCUUUACGCUUCUAUUGCUUUAUUUAAGAAUGUCUGAAUUUUUACAAAUUGUGUUGAAAAUCUCAAAGGAUUUUCAAAAAGACCAAAUGUUCAUUGAGGCUGCAUGUACUUGAUAAUAUAGUGUAUAUUUCAAAAUAUAAUUUACUCCUAAGAUGCAAAGCUGAAUAACUCAUAUGCUCCUUCAGAGAUCAAUAAACAUCAAUUAUAUUAUCAGUGUCGAAAAUCAAUGUUUACAGACAUUUUUGAUCAACAUAAUUUAAUAAAAAUACAUAUUAAAGAUACUGACUUUUAUUUAGUUAUUUAAAAUGAUUUUAAUUAUUUUUAAUUUAAUUUUUAA